AUGUUUGAGAGAAAGCCUGAAUCCUCGAAAGCCAAGUCAUCCGGUGUUCCACAACCGCGUGAGCUCCCUUCGUCAAUCCUUGAGUACAUCGAUCGAAUCAAAAAGGGUACAACAUCCAAAAGGGCAUCCAACUACCGCAAAAUAGCAGAAGACAAGCACUAUUCUCCUAAAAAUAAGCACGAUGCUUCCAAAAACGAGCACGAUUCUUCUGAAGACAACUCCGACUCUUCCGAAAGCCAGUCCUACACUCCUGAAGACAGUCUUGCACUUGAAUACGAGCAUGCGGACAUGUCGACUCUAGAAUAUCUCGCUGAACUAAGAAAAUUUCUCAUGGAAAAGGCCAUCCCCCCCAUCGACGAAACUGUCGUUGCGAGCCUCACCAUCGCCCACAGAUCCAGUCCAGUGACAUAUGAUCCCAGAGAGAAGGCCAUCUUAGAGAAGUAUUUGGCCAAUCGCUUGCCAGGAUAUUUCGACGCCAUUCAGCGCUUUUGGGAGGAGUAUGGGCUGUUCACUCACAUCGAUUUGAAAGAUAUCGUCUUCAGCUUGGAGAACAGUCCGGAUGAAUAUAUGCAGCACUUUCCGUACAUGCUACUGAAUGGAUGGGCAAUUGUCCUUCUCAACGCCAAGUAUAAAAGCCGAGGAUUAUUCACCCGCUAG